UGCGACCCUAGUUGAAGGGGUGUUACUCAGGGUGUAGGCGUACCGUUCACAAUAAGCUCCAUGUCCAGUUGCUGAAACUCGUCUUGAGCAAUUUCUUGAUACCCCGCUUAACAUACGCACUACGUAUUCCUUUUUUGUGUUUCCUAACAACCUAUCCUGUAUACACUCGUUUUAUUGUUUUUGAUUCACGUCUAGGACGUGAUGGUAUUCUUGGUCUCUCGUUUUCUUACCAGUAAUCGUGUUCAACACCGUUUUUAUCUCUAAAAAAAAGACAUUCAGAAACUGGCGCUUUCUUUGGUCUCUUUUAUUUACUUUUCCGACUUCAAACGUUACUAUCAGCGCAUUUCUAAUUUAAAGCUCUUUUGAGAAGCAAAAUUAAACAUGCGGACAAAAGCAAUGGACACUUAUCGAUCUGUUAAACGGUAUUUUAGUUCCCGAAGCGGAAACAGCCUUACACGCUCUUCACAAAAUGCAUCAAUCGGUGAACUUGAUGACGCUAUGGCUACUAGAAAAAGUUCUGCUACAUUGUCCGACGAAACGUCUUCACAGUACUUUGAUGAACUGAUUAAGUCACAGGUUCUCUCUUCCGAAGCAGAAAAGAAUCUUCAGUCAUUGAAUGAAGAUAUCAAGGUGAAAAUACUCGAAAGUAUGCAACAUGAAAAGCAGCGUAAGCAGCUUCGAUUAAAACCCUGGAAGCGGAAAAAAGAGAAUUACAAACACCCUGGCGAAUUUAUUACGUACAUUGUUACAUGUCCAAUGGAGCAAAUUGAUGAGACUAUUAUUCACAAGCUCUCACUGCUGUUGCGGAAUGAACAAGUAUCUUGGGUCGAGGAAUUCAUUGAAGGUGGAGGAUUUGCUGCUGCCUACUGUAUCAUCGAUAAAAUUGGCCGGCUCCAGUGGAGAGAAGAUAAACAUGAUGCAAUUUUGGAGCAGUUCUUGUUGUGCAUCAAGGCUAUGUGCACAGUACAACUAGGUGUGGACAGCUUGUUGCGUUCGUGUAACAACGUUUCUAAUCUCGUUCACUUCCUUUUAUCAGAAAAACAGCCUUCCGAUUUUUCUGUACGGGAUACUAUAAUGCAUGUGAUAUCCUCUUUUUUCAAGGCUCAUCAAGACCCUCGGCGAGGAGCUUUGGCCGUUUUUGAACUGUUACGUAAUCAUGAAAAGCCAUCUGAAGAACAUGAUUUCAUGCGUGCAGCAAAGGUUGAUCGUCCAUAUCGGCGUUGGGUAGUCGAACUGGAAGAAGUUAGCAGAGAUGUGUUUUGGGUUUGGAACCAUCAAGAGAACACCAUUGAUGCUCUUGAACCCAACAGUGAAGCUGCUGAAGCACCAAUAGGUUUUAUUGGCGGAAUUGAGACGGAAGCCACGGGUUAUUUGAGUUCUCACUUGCGUCUCAUCAACUCUAUGCUUGCAGCUCUACCGGAUGACGAACGAUAUCAAAAGCGAGUUGAUUUACAGAUGAGCGGUUUAGAACGUAUUAUGGCACUUCGCUGGCGCAAGUGCAGUUUCAAGUUUCACACAAAAUUACACUCAGCAUUACGUGAAUGGGUUCGUGCUGCUGAGAAAGACAAUUGGAACACUAAUUUCGUACGAACAGGGCAGAUGUAGUUCAUCGAGUGAACUACAGUUAUUAUAAUUGUGAGUUUUCUUGCCCUGUAACGUUUUGUUCCCUCCUUUUCAUGUUCAUUCAAUUUUACCCAUUCGUUCAUUUUUUUUUCUUGCUUCUUGCAUAUAUACUAUUAUACAAGUAUUUACUUGUCAAAAAAACAACAAACUAAGACAAAGGUAUGGUGGCCUCUAAAUAAACAACUAUUGUAUUAAGGAAGCACAAAGGUAAAAUUAGAGACAUCAAUGGCCUCAUACGUAAGUAAGUACAUAGCCCAGGAGAAACUCUCAAGCGUGAACAUGCUUAUAUCUUUCAUGAUGUCUUUAAAUGCGUUGGCAAAGUUGGAAUGGAAGUAAUCAUAGAAUUCUUUGCCAUCCUCAGUUAUAGCAGUACCUGUUUGUAUAAACUUAGUAAUAUCAAAAGGAACAUCCUCUCUUUUAUAAAAACAAUACGCGCAAACAAU